ACAAAAGCAGGGAAGCAGAAAACACAAUAUGGCAUCUUCCAUGAGGAGCUUGUUUUCUGAUCACGGCAGAUAUUUUGAAGCUUUUCGGAGGUUUCUCAACAAUUCCACGGAAUACCAAUGCAUGCGGGAAUUCAUGGACAAGCAGCUGCCAGGCAUAAUAGCAAGGAUUGGAGGUUCAAAAUCAGAAAUUAAGGUUCUGAGUAUAGGCGGAGGUGCAGGUGAAAUGGAUCUUCAUAUUCUCUCCAAAGUCAAGGCUCAAUACCCAGGAGUUCAUAUCAUCAAUGAAGUUGUUGAACCAAGUGCUGAACAAAUCACCAAGUACAAAGAGCUUGUAGCCAAGACAUCAAAUCUUGAGAACAUAAAGUUUGCUUGGCAUAAGGAGACAUCAUCUGAAUAUCAAAACAGAGUGAUGGAGCAAAAGGAGAUUCAAAAGUGGGACUUUAUUCAUAUGAUUCAGAUGCUGUACUAUGUAGAUGAUAUCCCAGCUACCCUGAAAUUCUUCCAUAGUCUCUUAGCUACCAAUGCUAAGAUUCUCAUUAUUCUUGUGUCAGGAAAAAGUGGCUGGCUCAAGUUUUGGAAAAAGUAUCGAUCCCGCCUACCCCAGAAUGACCUCUGCCAGUAUGUCACAUCGUUUGAUAUCAUUCAGAUGUUGGACAGCCUGGGUAUUAAGUACCAAUGUUAUGAUCUUCUGUCCACCAUGGAUAUUACUGACUGUUUUAUCGAUGGUAAUGAAAAUGGAGAACUGCUUUGGGAUUUUUUGACAGAAACCUGCAACUUCCUCACAACAGCACCUCCAGAUCUCAGAGCAGAAAUUAUGAAAGAUCUGCAGGGGCCUGAAUUCAUUGUUAGGAAAGAGGGGAAGAUUCUUUUUGAUAAUUCCCUGAGCUUCAUAACGAUUGAGGCAUAAAAAAUUACACUGUGAACAACUGUCAAUCAUUUACUUCCAUAUAACUACAUCUCUUAGAAAAUUAUCUCUAUGAAAUCUAGGAAAUUCUACAACAUUUGUGGACUUCCACAUAGAAUCACCUGGAAUACUUGUAUUCUUACCUGUGUCUGAGAGACUAUAUGCAGGACAAGCACUAAAUUCUGCUGGCUUAUUGAUUUAAUAAAUAAAUGAACAAUAACCUUUGCAUUUGCUAAUUGUACUAGAAUUUCCUAGAAUACUAAUGAAAUAUAUUUUGUGGAUUCUUUAAAUGCUGCUGAAGUCAAUACUUACUGUUAUUUUGGUCGCUUAAAAAACAGAUUUUUCUCCUCUUGUGAAGAAUUAAUCUUUGUGUAUUAUUCUGUUGUUAUUUUUGCCUUUAUUGAAUAUUAAAAAUAAAUACUUUUAGAAGAUUACAAAA